AUGGCGUUCCAAUCUACUGAGCCCAUUGGGCCGUCAUAUCUUACUGUCACCAAUAAGAUCUUUAAGGAACUCGUCAACAGUGAUCAUGCUGCCCAGGAGUAUCGCACCCAUAUAGAGUCCCGGUUAAGGGAGGAACGUGCCAAUCUGGAGCAGGAACGCCAGUGCUCUGCAGAGCUUGAGUCGAGGAUAGCUAGUUUACAGUGGUCCCGAAGCCAGUUAGAAGCAACUGUCCAGCAUGCUGCAGAAGCGGUUGGAGGGCUUCAGAAGGAGCUUGAGGACCUGCGAAAGAAAUCUGGAAGUUCAGAAUGUCGGGUGGUUGCGCUGUCCUCUCUGAGCGACACUUUGCUGAAGAUAUUAUCCAAUAUCUCUGCUUUACAAAGUGCUCCUCAGGGGGAAGUUGACAUUGUGCAGAUGUCUACAGAGCUUCACCGACAACAAAACAUUAUACGUGGACUAGAGCAGUCUAAUCAACGCCUUGCAGAUUCUCUUCAGGGUUUGAAGACUGCCUUAGAGGUUACUUUGAUUGGGGAGUCAUACUGGGCAUCAGAGAGUGAUAAUGAAAGCGUCACCAUGGUCGGAACGACCAGUGAGAGUGCACCACUUCCGGGCCCAGAGGUGAAUGCUGAUGACGAGGCCAUUGGGUGCGAGCAGACCUAUCCUACUCAACGCUGA